AUGGUCAAUAUGGCCAACCUCAAUGGGAGCUUCGCCUCGCCAUCGGCGGAUGCGACGGUCUCGCCUCAACUUUUCGCGCCGGCCGGCCUGGUCGCCACCAUACUGGAUGGCUUCACUAUCUGGAAGGGCCUGCUGACGUUCUUGGUCAUUGCAGUCCUCUAUGAUCAGUUCAAGUACCACUACCUUAAGGGUGCCAUUACUGGCCCCAUGUACAAGAUCCCCUUCAUGGGCCCAUUCCUUGAAUCAGUCAACCCCAAAUUCACCGAAUACAAGGCCAAAUGGGACAGUGGAGACCUCAGCUGUGUUUCCGUCUUCCACAAGUUCGUCGUGAUUGCCUCGUCUCGUGAUAUGUCCCGUAAGAUCUUCAACUCGCCCGGCUAUGUCAAGCCCUGUGUUGUGGAUGCCGCGCACAAGCUUCUCGGCAAGACCAACUGGGUCUUCUUGGAUGGCAAGGCCCACGUGGAUUACCGCAAGGGUCUGAACGGAUUGUUCACUCGCCAGGCUCUGGCCAUGUAUCUGCCCCGCGCCGAGGAGGUAUUCAACUCCUACAACCAGCACUUCCUCAAGAAGUCCGCCGCCACCAACUUCACCCCGACCCCCUGGAUGUCCGAGUUCCGUGAGCUUAUGUGUGCUCUGUCUUGCCGUACCUUUGUCGGUUACUACAUCUCGGAUGAGGGUGUGCAGAAAAUUGCCGAUGACUACUAUCUGAUCACUGCUGCCCUCGAGCUAGUCAACUUCCCUAUCAUCCUUCCUUACACUAAGACCUGGUACGGCAAGAAGGCCGCCGAUAUGGUGCUUGAGGAGUUCACCAAGUGUGCGGCCAAGUCCAAGGCCCGCAUGGCUGCUGGUGGUGAGAUCUCUUGUAUCAUGGACGCCUGGGUUAAGGCUCAGUUGGAUUCCGCCGCGUACCGUGAGAAGAUUGAGAAAGGAAUCCAGGUCGAUUCUUCAGAAAAACCUAGCCAGGUUCUUCGUGAAUUCUCCGACUAUGAGAUUGCCCAGACUAUCUUCACCUUCCUGUUCGCUUCCCAAGAUGCUACCAGUGCCGCCUCCACCUGGUUGUUCCAACUGAUGGCCGACCGCCCUGAGAUCCUGGACAAGGUCCGUGAGGAGAACCUGAACAUCCGUAACGGCGAUCGCACUCUCCCCGCCACAAUGGAUAUGCUUGACAACAUGCCCUACACUCGCGCUGUUGUCAAGGAGACCCUGCGCUACCGCCCCCUCGAGACUGUCACCGUCGCCAAGGGCUCGAUGAUCAUUCCCUCCGUGUGGCCCGCAUGCCACGACGAGGAGGCUUACCCUAAUGCCGACUCAUUUGAUCCAGACCGCUGGAUCACCGGUACCGCUGAGCAGCAGACCAAGAACUGGCUGGUUUUCGGUACAGGUCCCCACUACUGCCUGGGUCAGACCUACGCUCAGCUUUCUCUGAUGUCUAUGAUUGGAAAGGCCAGUAUGGUGAUGGACUGGGAGCACACCCCUACCCCCGAGUCAGAGGAUAUCAAGGUGUUUGCCACCAUUUUCCCCAAGGAUGACUGCCUUCUUACGUUCCGCCCCCGCGCUUAA